GCCAUCACGGUCAUCACCACCAUAGGCUAUGGACACGCUGCUCCAGGCACAGACGCCGGCAAAGUUUUCUGCAUGUUCUACGCCAUCCUGGGCAUCCCCCUGACGCUGGUCAUGUUCCAGAGCCUGGGUGAGCGCAUGAACACCGUUGUGCGGCUGCUGCUCAAGAAGAUCAAGAAGUGUCUGGGCAUGAGGACAACCAACGUCUCCAUGGAGAACAUGGUCCUGGUUGGCUUCCUGUCCUGCAUGGGGACCCUGUGCAUCGGUGCAGCAGCCUUCUCUUAUUUUGAGGGCUGGACUUUCUUUCAUGCCUAUUACUACUGCUUCAUAACCUUGACCACUAUCGGCUUUGGAGACUUUGUGGCUCUGCAGAAGAAUGAGGCUUUGCAAAAGAAGCCCCCGUACGUGGCUUUCAGCUUCAUGUACAUCCUGGUGGGCCUGACUGUCAUCGGCGCCUUCCUCAACCUAGUGGUGCUGCGGUUCCUGACAAUGAACUCGGAGGAUGAGCGGCGGGACGCUGAAGAGCGCGCCUCGCUGAGGAGAGCCCAGAACAACAUCCACCUCAAGCCAAAAGAGGACAGCCAGGCCAGCAAUGCCAUUUUUCUCCCCGCAGAGGACAGGACGAGCCAGAUGAACCUCAUCCCACUGAUCCAGGAGGACGUGGAGAAGCAGCGGCGCCAGUCGGCCAACUCGGCGGCCACGGUCCCCUCCUUCUGCACGUGCCUGUGCUACAGACCUCAGCUGUGUGGCAGCCCCGUGCCCUCCCACCCCGAGACCCUGAGCUGCCACACCAACCCCGUGUAUUACAACUCCAUUUCCUACAAAAUCGACGAGGUCUCCCUGAGCACGCGGGGUCAGACCACCUCUUCCCCGGGGAGCACUUUAUCAUCCAACAGCCCUCGCUGCCGGCAACAUCCCCGGCUGCGGAGGAAAUCCAUCUAG